GUCGCUCUCUAUGACGUCAAUAUAGUGCGCGGCAUAGAAGCUCGCUCUCGCGGUGUUUAUAUAUGGACACCCGGUAGGAUACACCCGACGUAACGGGAUUGGCUUUUUUCCCCAAUAACUUGUAUGCAGGCUCCCGGCGUUUGGCGGGAUGUCGAACGCUGUGACUCGGAGAGGUGGAUCGAGUAUCAGAGUUCGUCUGACAGUUUUAUGUGCGAAGAACCUAGCAAAGAGGGAUUUUUUCAGAUUACCUGACCCAUUUGCUAAAAUAGUUGUGGAUGGAUCUGGUCAGUGCCACUCAACUGACACUGUAAAGAACACAUUAGACCCAAAGUGGAAUCAGCAUUAUGACCUAUAUGUUGGUAAAAUGGAUUCAAUUACAAUCAGUAUCUGGAAUCAUAAGAAAAUUCACAAGAAACAGGGAGCUGGCUUCCUGGGGUGUGUGAGAUUAUUAUCCAAUGCCAUUAGCAGAUUGAAAGACACAGGCUACCAGCGCUUGGAUCUAUGCAAAUUAAAUCCCGCAGAUAGUGAUGCUGUACGGGGCCAAAUUGUAGUCAGUUUGCAGACACGAGACAGGAUCGGUACAGUUGGCUCUGUUGUUGAUUGCAGAGGACUGCUAGACAAUGAUGGAGCACUUUAUGAAGAUGCUGGGCCUGGCAGGCCCCUUAGUUGUUUCAUGGAUGAGCCAGCCCCUUAUACUGAUGGACCAGGUGCAGCUGGAGGAGGGCCCUGUAGGCUAGUAGAAUCGCCAGGUCAAGAACAGAGACUCCAAGCACAGAGACUUCGUGGACCAGAAGUUAGAGAGCAUGUCCAGACACCUUUAAAUCGAUCCCAUGGGUACCAGUCACAGGACUUGCCUGAAGGUUAUGAACAAAGAACUACGGUUCAAGGGCAGGUGUAUUUCUUGCACACACAAACUGGUGUCAGCACAUGGCAUGAUCCCCGAAUACCAAGAGACCUUAACAGUGUGAAUUGUGAUGACCUUGGCCCUUUGCCCACUGGAUGGGAAGUCAGAACCACUGUGUCUGGAAGAAUAUACUUUGUAGACCACAAUAAUCGAACAACGCAGUUCACAGACCCAAGACUACAUCACAUCAUAAAUCAUCAGUCCCAGCUAAAAGAGCCAAAUAAUGCUAUACCAGUGCAGAGUGAUGGAUCUUUAGAAGAGGGGGAUGAAUUUCCUACUCAAAGAUAUGAGAGAGACUUGGUACAGAAACUUAAAGUCCUGAGACAUGAGUUAUCAUUGCUGCAGCCUCAGGCAGGGCACUGCCGUGUUGAAGUGUCAAGGGAAGAAAUUUUUGAGGAGUCCUAUAGGCAGAUAAUGAAGAUGAGACCGAAAGACCUUAAGAAAAGAUUGAUGGUGAAAUUUCGUGGGGAAGAAGGACUUGACUAUGGUGGAGUGGCCAGGGAGUGGCUGUAUUUACUAUGCCAUGAAAUGCUGAAUCCAUAUUAUGGACUUUUCCAAUAUUCUACAGACAAUAUUUAUACUCUGCAAAUUAAUCCUGAUUCAUCUAUUAAUCCAGAUCAUUUAUCUUAUUUCCAUUUUGUUGGUCGAAUCAUGGGAUUGGCUGUGUUUCAUGGACACUACAUUAAUGGGGGGUUUACAGUUCCUUUCUACAAACAACUUUUGGGAAAGCCCAUUCAGCUGUCUGACUUGGAAUCUGUGGAUCCAGAGCUGCAUAAAAGCUUGGUUUGGAUUUUAGAGAAUGACAUUACUUCAGUAUUAGACCACACGUUCUGUGUUGAGCACAAUGCAUUUGGCCGACUCCUCCAGCAUGAAUUGAAACCAAAUGGCAAGAACUUACAAGUAACAGAAGAAAAUAAGAAAGAGUAUGUGAGGUUGUAUGUUAAUUGGAGGUUCAUGAGAGGGAUAGAGGCUCAGUUCUUGGCUCUGCAGAAAGGUUUUAAUGAGCUAAUACCACAACAUUUGUUGAAGCCAUUUGAGCAAAAAGAACUAGAGCUUAUUAUUGGAGGCUUGGAUAAAAUUGACAUCAGUGACUGGAAGGCAAACACUAGACUAAAACACUGCUUAGCUAAUAGCAAUAUUGUUCAGUGGUUCUGGCAAGCAGUGGAGUCGUUUGAUGAGGAAAGAAGGGCCAGACUUCUGCAGUUUGUCACGGGCUCUACGCGUGUUCCACUUCAGGGCUUUAAAGCUCUUCAAGGUUCUACAGGUGCUGCUGGACCCAGACUUUUUACUAUUCAUCUGAUUGAUGCCAACACAGAUAACCUUCCAAAGGCUCACACGUGCUUUAACCGAAUUGACAUUCCUCCUUAUGAAUCCUAUGAAAAGCUCUAUGAGAAAUUAUUAACAGCUGUAGAAGAGACUAGUGGUUUUGCUGUGGAAUAAAUUUUAAACCAAAGGCGACAACCAGCCCAAGAAAUCAAACCCACAGACACAAGACUCCUAACCUCUUGUAGAUGUCUUUCUGUUUUCUCCCACUUAGUCUGGGAUGUCAUUGUUUUUUCUAUUUUUUUUUUUUUAUCCCAUUGUUUGUUUGGAUCCUACAAGUUGGCUCCUUAUAUUUCACAAGAAGAUCUCCUCAUCGAUGGCUUGUGGAAAUGAGGGCUAUUUGGUGACAGGCAUGUGAAAACUGUAUUGAUCGAUUCUCAAGAUGUGUGCUUAUGAAGGACAUAAAAAUGGAAGCAACACAUUGUGGGAAAUUAUCUGCCAUGGCUGAGUGAUGAAGGGAUAUUAGAAUGAAGCAUAAAGAGGAACAGAUUUCAGCUCAGUUUUGAAGUUAACUGAAGAAAAUGUUGCACAGACACAUUUCUAAGAAAAAACGAGUAAGAGUUUUGACCUAGGUACUAUUUUUGAAAACCCCAUUGUUAAUUAGGACCCUAAACAUUGGGCCCUAAGGGCCAGGGCACACAUUGCGUAUAUUCACUAUAAAGAAGCAGAUAUAUGCACCGUGCGCCCUCACCCUAACAGUGCUCCUUGUUGGUGCUUUUCCAAGCUGUGGGCUUGUGAAGAAAAUAAAAAUGAAAGCCACAUAUUCUAUAUUGGAAAUUUCAGCCUGGGCUGAGUGAUGAAGAGAAACUGUGAUGAGAAAUACAUAUAGUAAUUUGAUUCUAAAAAUGACUUGGCAAGCAGUUGCACAGACACAUAUUUCUAAGAAAUACAGGGGCUUAUAUAUCAACGCUGAUCAUAUAUGUGCUUGAGCAGUAACCUAUGACAGCCAGUCCAAGUUUUACUGUUAUUGUCUAGUUGGAGCUGGAUGAAAAAGCUAAUCACUGGUAGGUUAUUGCCCAUGUGCAAGUGGUAUUGAUAAAUGAGCCCUACUGAGUGAUGACAUAGCAGAUGUAUAAUAUAUAUAUUUUUUUUUAAUUUAAGAUGGGCUAGCAGGUACUAAUGUUUAACUGUUAGCCUCCCUUCAGAAGGCCCCGCCCACCCCACAGUCGAAAAGUCACAUGAUUCCUUGCUGCCUAAAUGCAGAGCAGCACAGCAGGGUUGGCACCAUCAGUUUUAGAGUUUUUACAGUUUUAAUCUGGGCUUUUGGAGGUAAAGAAUCUUAACCACUGCUGUCUAUAUUUGUUGCAAGAUAAAUGUCACAAAUGUUUUAAAUUUCAAAUUCCUUAAAUCCAUUUGUUUUCUCACUAUAAAACUAAAAACAUUUGUAAUUUAUCAUGCAACAAAUAUAGACAGCAGUGGUUAAGUUAAGAUUCCUUUAACUCCCAGAGCCCAAAGCCAUGAUUCUUGGACUUGGCUUUGUUGGAAGAUCAUGUUCCCCCUGCUCCACAACUAUUAAAAUCCUUUUUAACAAAUAAGAGAGAUGUAUGACAUCUGUUCUAUUAUAUCUUUGCUCUAGCUAGGGAUUUAAAUCUGUUUUUUGCUCAUUUUCAGGGGUGCUUCUGUCAUGAGACUUUCCCAGGGGCAUCAAAAAGGACAUCAUUCCUUUAUUUGUUUAUUUUUAAUGUUGCUCUUUAACUGUAGUGUAAAAUUUUCUCUGUACUAGCGAUGCCAGCCCUUUUUGGCCUUCUCCAAGCACAGGAAAAUAAGUCAGUAGUGGCAAAAUGCUUUUUAACCACUGUCUAAGCAUGGGUAGGGAAAUUUGGUCCCAGUGCAUUUAAAUUAAAGGAGAAUUAAAGCUUAA